AUGGUCGCUGCCCUUUUCAGGUCGUAGUGUGCCUUCUUUUAUUUUUUUGCGAUCUCUCAACCUCUGGAAACGUCCAGACAUCAGCGAAUCACAGCACCUCCUGCUUCUGGACUAACUCUAUCACACAUGGACAGACACAAUACAUGUUCCUUUACCAGCCUGCAGUGGAAACCGAGGAGUCUUUUCUCCUGAUUGACAGUACUUGGAGCGUGGAGAAUGACCUGCUGGACUGUAUUAUGAGCAAUGACCAGGCUGUUAUCGAGAGCUAUGCAUCAAAAUGUUUGGAAGACGGGGAAAGCAGGCCUUUCUCAGAAGCCCCGGAUGAACGAUUUGACAUCGGCACGCUGGUUGAACCCAGUGGCCCCUGUGUAUCUGUGGGUCAUUUGGCUGGACUGAGAGCGCCUGGGCGAAGGACCAGAGACCUGCAACAGCAUUAUACUGGCAACACUAUGUCACAGGGAGACGGUGCAGACGGUUCCAAGAAGCUGAGGCGCUCAAAGAGGGCAUGGAUGAUUCCUGGAACUCUGUGGUGCGGAGCCGGAAACAAAGCUUCAGCGUUUUCAGAUUUAGGUGUGUUUGAAGAAACUGAUAAAUGCUGUAGAGAACAUGACCACUGUGAGGAAACCAUUGCAUCCUUCGAGUUCAGCUAUGGAGUUUUCAAUGCUAAUCUCUUUACUUUAUCACAUUGUGCCUGUGAUAACAAGUAAGUCGGAUCAUACCAACAAUAUUUUAUAGUGUUUAGUAACACAAG